AUGCAUGCUCGCUGGUUUUAUUCACAGAAAAGAAAUUUCCGCCUCUAUCCUCUUUGGCUGAAGUGUACUUGGGCUUAGAUAUCAGUUAAGUUUUCCAUGGGAAGAGCUCCAUGUUGUGACAAAGCUAACGUGAAGAGAGGGCCUUGGUCGCCUGAGGAAGACGCCACCCUCAAGAACUAUCUUCAAAAACAUGGCACUGGUGGCAAUUGGAUUUCUUUGCCUCGAAAAGCAGGCCUUACGCGAUGUGGCAAGAGUUGUCGUUUGAGAUGGCUGAAUUAUCUGAGACCAGACAUCAAGCAUGGAGGUUUUACCGAAGAAGAAGAUAACAUUAUCUGUACCCUCUACAAUAGCAUGGGAAGUAGGUGGUCUGUUAUAGCAUCGCAGCUGCCAGGAAGAACAGACAACGAUGUGAAGAACUACUGGAACACUAAGUUAAAGAAAAAAAUGUUGGAAGGAAAGAUUGAUGUCAAGAGAAGCAGCAAAAUCAGUAACAUUAGUGAUAUAACCAUUAAUAACUCUAGUCAUCCUAUGGUACAAUUUUCGGUCUCCACAGGUGAAGCGGAAACCUAUAAUCCUGGAAAUUCAUCACCUUGCUUUAGCGCAUAUUCUAGCACCUUGACACCGCUCAUGGAGAUGGGUUUCCAACAAUAUUGCGAUCUACAACUUCCAGGGCUAAUUUUGGACCAGAGCCAAUUUCCCCUUUCAACAUUUACGGAAGUUCCAAAUUUGGGGACAUAUGGAUGUAACAGUUACAGCGUAUCAUCAUCUCAUCAAGAAGCUUCAAGCCUAGUGCCUUUGGACAACAACCAUUCCAUAAGCUCCGUCAAUGGAAGCCUUGUAAAAGAAGGAGGAAUUCUUCUACAAGACUAUGGAUUUGAGUUCCCUUGCGAGCUGCUUAAUAAUGACCUUAUUUUUCAAGGAAAAUAUAGUACUGAAGUUGCUCCUUUUUUGGGUAACAAUUAAUAAUCACCUUCCGUCCCCUAGCUAGUCAUCUGGCUAGCUAACAGUUCUAAACACUAAUAUAAUGCAUAAAUUUUUUCUGUGUUACAAACCCAAUACUUUAAAAUAAUAGUUAAGUGAAAGAAGAAGAAGGUUGAUGUGGUUUGUAUUUUAUAUUGGAACUGUUGAAAUAUUAAUAUAAUUAUGAUUCAAAUUGCA